UACCUUUCACCUUGUGCUGGGCAAGAAUCACCUUAAUUCACUUUACUUCUGUGAUAUUCUGGGUUACCCAGAUGAUCUGUGGUUGGACUUCAGUCUAUGGGCAGUCUUCGCAUUGCCUUUAGUUCGAUUUCAUUCUGUUCCUUAAGAUACAGACUUCUGGGGUCUCAAUCCUAGGAAUGGGUUAGUUUUCCAGUAGUUUCCAGUAGUAGGAAUGGGUAGUUUUCCACCUACACUUGGUAGAAUUUGGAUUCUAUCUUUUGUUUCCAAAGUUUUGUGUGGCUGUUACAAGUACUGCCCAGCUGUCCAGCUGCCUCUCCCACAUUAGAUAUUGCCCUUGGGCAAAGCAACCUUACAUGUUGGUCUCGCCUCUGUGGGUUCCUGUCUUCUACCAGAAUUUGGCCCAGGUUUCAAAAUACUGUAAAUAACUAUGCCUGAAAACAAGACAAUUUCCUGUUCUUUCAUUGGAGGUGAUCAAGCCAAGAAAAACAAUGCCACAUCACAAGCUUUGGUUCUAUUUGGUGCCCCUAAGGAAGCCAUUGAGAUUUUUCAUGAAAAUAAAAUGACAAAUACUGAAGGGGUGAAUGAAGGCAUUUACUUUAGUUACCCAUGUCGACGUCAAAGCUGUGCUUUAGUAAACAUCCCAGCACCAUGUGUCAACAAAAUGAUUUCACACAUUGAAAAUGUGGAAUCUAAAAUACAAGAGCAUUUGAAACGGUUUGAAACUUCUCUUGAAGAAUGGAGCAGAACUUCUUCCACAAAAGAGUGGAAGGAAGAUUGGAGUAUUGCUACACCAAUGAAAGAGGUCAAACCAGAAGAAGAAAGAGAUGAAAGGUGUCCAGAAUUAAAGCAGGAAAUGGAAAUAUUGCUAUCAGAGGCCAUUCAUCUCAUUAAAAGUCUAGAAACUGACCGUGCAGAAGCUGAAGAAGCUUUGAAACGACAAAAGUCAAGAAAGAAAAAGAUUCACAUGAAAAUUGAUUCUUGGUCAAUUUGGAGACUUCAAGAAAUCCCACUAGCUGUGCAGAAAGAACAUGAGGCCUAUUUGAGAGAUAUUGUAGAAUUACAAUGGCAUCUUGAAGAUAGAGCUUAUCAGCUAAAACAUUUUGAGGAACAAAAGGUGAAAUUGGAGGAAGCUAAUGCAAAGCUUCAAGCAGACACAGACUACAUGAAUGCACGCGGUCCUCUAAUUAACUCAAAGCAGAACCAAGAACUUGAAACUCUGAAAGAAUUUUAUAUAAAAAAAUUUGAGGUAAUGGAAUUAUACAAACAAGUUCAGGAAGAACUUGCAGAAGCUAUAGAAAACUAUAAGAAUGCCAAACUGAAGGCUAAACAAAUGAAACAAGACAUGGAAAAAGAUAUUCAUAAUGAUGAAGCAAGCCUAGAAGCUUACAAGAGAGAGAUAGAUAAACUGAAUUCUCUACAUAGUCACUACGAUACAGCAAUAGAAAAUGUUAAUGUUAGUAUUGAGGAGAAUGAAGAGGUAGUGACUGAAGUAUUGAGGGAAACAAAGACAUCAAGAAAUGAAUUAUCUGCUUUAUCAAAAAUGCUAGACAAUUUGAAAAAAAAUUAUGAUCAACUAGCCUGGAAGAGAAAAAGUUAUGAAAAGGAAUAUCUGGAAGCAUUCAAUAAUUAUUAUGCAACAAAACAAACAUGGGAUAUUGAGCUUUCUAAUGUUGCAAAAGACCUUUCAGAUAUUUCAAUUGCAUAUACUCAUUCGGCAGAAGAAAACAGAAAGCUUGGAAUUGAUAUUGAAACCAUGGCAGGUCUUAUCAAUGACAGUAUAAGAAAAAAAUCAGAGUUUGAGUCUGAAAUCCAAUCUUUGAUGAAACUAAGGGGAAAAAAUGAUGAAUUUAUUAAGCAACUCUACAGGCAAGCUUAUCACCUUGGUGCUAUUUUCCACCUAACCAAAUUUAAAACAGAGGAAUUAGAGGACAAAAUAGCAGAAGUGAGAAGAAAAUUCAAGGGUAGAGAAGAAUUCUUGAAAAGACUUAUUCGAAGUGAAGUGACUAAUGGAAUGAUGAUUCAGAAAAAAUUGUAUUCCAUUCAAGAAGAACAGAUCCUUGAGAGACAGGAUCUUAUGGAAAAGAAAGCAACGUACACCCUAGCACUGGCGGAACUAGAGACACCGCUGCUUGAACUAGAAGAAGAUGCCGCAAAAAUCAGAACUGCCCACAAAGAGCAUGCUGACACAUUAAAUGAUAUAAUUGAGAAAAGAGAAAAUGUUAAAAGAAAUGUGGAAAGAACAAAGAAAAAUUUGAGAAAAAAAGGGAAGAAAACUCGUGAUGCAAUAAUAGAAACUGAGGAAAAACGCUCAAUGAUUUUUAAAGAAAUAAAGACCACUAAAAGUAAAACAGUUAUUUAUCAUGCAAAAAUAGAUCAAUUGAAUAAGGACUUAAAAGAAAAAGAGAAGGAAAAGAAUAUUUUGGCUCAGACACUUGAGCAAUUAAAGAACCACUAUAUAACUACAAAAUAUAAAAAGGAAUAUGCACAAGCUGUGUUUGAUCAGCUCGUAAGUGAGAAAAAAACCUGUGAAGAGAGACUCUAUGAAGAAGAACAGAGAUACAGAACACUCAUUACCAUGAGGCAAAAAACUCUGGCAGAUAUUAAAAAAAUACAAGAUGAUUCACUCGAAGAAAAUUUGCGUUUAGCUCAAGAAUAUCAGGAAUUACAGACUACUUUCUUAACAGAAAAGGACAAUUAUUUCAAUCUAUAUGAUAGACAGUUAUCACUUGAUGCUUCAAUUCAAGCUAAGAAACAGCUCUGUCAGCUGCAAAGAAGGAUACACAAGGUGUGGCAGAAUCACUUCAAACUGGUGGUCCUCUGCGGCCAGAUGAGGCUGGCCAAGUUCCAGACAGACUCUCAAGAGAGUAUUCAGAAAAUAUUAGCUGUGCAGAAAAAGGAAGCAGAUAGCCCGAUAAUUAUGUAUAGUAGGAACACCAUCUUUCACUUUUAUAAUGAAGGGAAAGUGCUUGAAAAGUUGUUUCAUCAGAGAGGUGGACAGGUGGGUUUGUUCUCAAGAAAGCUCUCGUGUCAUCUGCAGAGGAUUUGACUUAUUUUCCUGCGGCUGUUAAGAAACAUAGAAGCAACACUCAUUUGUAAAAUCAGCUCCACUUCUGUGUCCAAGGAACAAGAAUAGCAAGCAAAGGACUUCGAAAAGAAAAAGCAACGAACAAGAGAAUGCUGUUUUGAUCAGGACUGUCUCCGGAAAAUCCAUCGCUCCAUAGUUUCUGCACAAAUAUUUUAGUCUGACGUAGUUCCUACCAGAUCUCUAACUUGUUAAAGUCUGUAAUGACAAUACUCUCAGGCUUACAGUCUACCUCUCAUUAUCUCUCUCCUUGUUUCUACUUGCUUGUGGAUAUUCAAACAUACAUACAUAUUUGCGUACAUGCAAGCAAUUCAAUCAGGUAACGUGUGAAACACCAAAUGAAAUAAAACUCCCUCCUCAGACAAUCUGUCCAAAGGAUCCACACAUACCACGGCUUCGUAGUAGGUUUGAACAGUGUUUGACUGCCUGAUGGUUUCAGUAGGUAUCAGUGGUGGGUAUAACCCCAGUCCAUUUGUCUACCAGAUACCUCUUAGUCUUCACACCAUAACUUUAACCUCAUCACCAACGCAGCGACAAGGUAUAUUGUAUUAUUCAGAUCAGUUAAACAAAUGAAAUGCCUAACUCCUAAACGCUCCAUAUAAUUGAAGCAGUAAUGAUUUGGGCCUGAACUAUUGUCUCUAUUGUCCAGGUAACGGCCAAGUCUUGAUUUGGUAUUGAACUCGGGAGAUCUAUCGUAACAGGGAGAUAACAAUGAGACCUCCCAUUCACUGAGCACUUAUCAUAGGCCAUGCGCAGUUUUAAACACUUUAAACGUAUUUGAGCAAGGUCCUCUUACCUUCUUUACAAAUAAGGAAGCUCAGACACAGAGAAGUUAAUUACUCAAGAUAGCAGAGUUCGUGAGUAGUAGUGGUUCCAGGUCCAGUGUUUGAACACCGGCCGACUAAAUCCACCCCACGUGCUCUCCACCUCUGUGUAAGCUGCCUCCUGGUGAAUUCCACUCACCUGUUAGUACCUGGGAGACUCUAAGGGGAGGAAACAACAAGGGACAGAAGAAAUUCCUUAUGUUGGUGGAAAGGACGUGGUAGUUAGUGUACUUUACAGGUUCAAAUCUAUUACCUUAAUGAGGAAAGCAUUUUAUGCUGAGAAUGGUAGGCCAGAAAGAUGGAAAGAAUUUAAGCUCUGUGAUAUCACCGACCCAACCCCGAAUGCUCUGCUCGGUCUCCAGACUUCCAGAGAUGUUCCAGGUAUGGGACAUAAGUAUCCUUAUCAUCUUUAUGACUUUUUUGUUAUGUUGUAUUAUGGAACUAUUACUUUUAAAGUUGUAUAUCCCAUAGAGUGUAGAAAAACCAUAUUAACAUCCUCUAUUUAAUAGUUGUUAAUUCCCCAUAAAGGGGUGUCCCUAUUUUUGUCUAGUAUUUACUUAACUGUCACGAUAUGUUAACUGAUAAAAGAAAUUACACAUCAGAUAUUUAAACCAUAACAAGAAAAAAAUGAAACACUAAAUGAAUGUUGAUGGAGACAUUUUUUAUUAGAAACCUGAGUGCUAUAGUUAGAUUCGGCAUUUUGUGUGUGUGUUAAAAAUGGUUUACGUGAAUGAGAUGACGUCUAAAAUCAUCAGCAACAUAUCUUAAGAAGAGAAGUAGAGAAGAGUAAUAUUUGUAUCACGAUUCCUGUUAGAAGCAUUUGCCAAAACUGAACUAAAAGUGUCCUACCCGGUUUGUAAUGUCAUUCUCAAAACUGAAAAAAAUAAAUGUGAUGUAAACGUAAAAAAGCCAUAAUGUAGAACUAAUCACCUGUCAACCUUAUCUUUAAUUGAAGCCAUUUGUGGUGGCUUUUAUGAGGACAGAUUCAUACAACAUUCCAUAUCUUUCCCUUCAAUUUCUUCAGACAAUCAAACAGAAAUGUCUUAAUAUUAAAUUGAAUAGAUGCCAAACAAACUUUGGGUGGAUGCUUUCCCACCUCUUCUUGAUUAAAAAAAAAGAUGGGGAGUAGGAUUCACCAUCAUUCAUUCAACAAAUAUGUACAGAGUUUCUGUUAUAUAGCAGGCGCUAUACUAGGGACAUAACACUAAAUGAAACAGACAAAAAUGCCUGUCCAUAUGGAGCAGACAUUCUAGUUGAAGGAGACAGAUAAUUAACAAACAAAAAUAAGUAAAAGUAGUGAUAAUUAUAAGUGAUAUAAAGAAAAUAGAGCAGGAAUGGAGAAUGGGGAAUGACUCUGAGAAGAGGGUGUGUGAUUUUAAAUAGGAAGCUCACAAAAAAAUGGCACUUGGAUAAUGACCUGAAGGUAGUGGAAGCUC